UUGGGGAGGCCCCGCUCCCCUCCGGAAGCUGUUCCACCUCGGGAUGAGCUAGACGGCCCGUGCUUCGCGCCCUUCCCGCCGACUCUGGGCCACAGCUCGAAAUUGCCGACGUCCAACCCCGCGCGGAACGUUUAGCCCAACAGGAGAACCCAACGUCAGAGGGUCUCUGACAACCCCCUCUGCUCCAGUCCUCUUCCCCGCAAAAGUUUUUCCCACGUCCAUUCCGCUGGCGGGGAGCGUGGCCCCGAGAGCAGAGGAAAAAGCUCUCUGAGGGGGUGUUCCCCACGGGGGGCCCUCGAACCAUUUUUAUAAUUUUUUUCCAGACCAUCGUCAUAAUUGUUAUAACUUUUUUCCAGAGCGAAACCAUCGUCAUAGUUGUUAUAACUUUUUUCCCGGAGCAAAACCAUCGUCAUAGUUAUAAUUUUUUCCCAGAGCGAAACCAUCGUCACAGUUGUUAUAACUUUUUCCCAGAGCAAAACCGUCACAGUUGUUAUAACUUUUUUCCAGAGCGAAACCAUCGUCAUAGUUGUUAUAACUUUUUUCCCGGAGCAAAACCAUCGUCAUAGUUAUAAUUUUUUCCCAGAGCGAAACCAUCGUCACAGUUGUUAUAACUUUUUCCCAGAGCAAAACCGUCACAGUUGUUAUAACUUUUUUCCGGAGCGAAACCAUCGUCACAGUUGUUAUAACGUUUUUCUCAGAGCGAAACCAUCAUCAUAGUUGUUAUAACUUUUUCCCAGAGCGAAACCGUCUUAGUUGUUAUAAUUUUUUCCCAGAGCAAAACCAUCAUCAUAGUUAUAAUUUUUUCCCCAAGCGAAACCAUCGUCAUAGUUGUUAUAACUUUUUUCCAGAGCAAAACCAUCGUCAUAGUUGUUACUAUGUUGCUCCAGUCCUCUUCCCCGCAAAAGUUUUUCCCACGUCCAUUCCGCUGGCGGGGAGCGUGGCCCGGAGAGCAGAGGAAAAAGCUCUCUGAGGGGGUGUUCCCCACGGGGGUCCCUCGAACCAUUUUUAUAAUUUUUUUCCAGACCAUCGUCAUAAUUGUUAUAACUUUUGUCCGGAGCGAAACCAUCGUCAUAGUUGUUAUAACUUUUUCCCGAAGCAAAACCAUCAUCAUAGUUAUAACUUUUUCCCAGAGUGAAACCGUCAUAGUUGUUAUAACUUUUUUCCGGAGUGAAACCAUCGUCAUAAUUGUUAUAAUUUUUUUCCGGAGUGAAACCAUCGUCAUAGUUGUUAUAACUUUUUCCCAGAGCAAAACCAUCGUCAUAGUUGUUAUAACUUUUUUCCAGAGCGAAACCAUCAUCAUAAUUAUAACGUUUUUCCAGAGCGAAACCAUCGUCAUAGUUGUUAUAACUUUUUCCCAGAGCGAAACCACCGUCAUAGUUGUUAUAAUUUUUUCCCAGAGCGAAACCAUCGUCAUAGUUGUUAUAAUUUUUUCCCAGAGCGAAACCAUCGUCAUAGUUGUUAUAACUUUUUCCCAGAGCAAAACCAUCGUCAUAGUUGUUAUAACUUUUUUCCAGAGCGAAACCAUCAUCAUAAUUAUAACGUUUUUCCAGAGCGAAACCAUCGUCAUAGUUGUUAUAACUUUUUCCCAGAGCGAAACCACCGUCAUAGUUGUUAUAAUUUUUUCCCAGAGCGAAACCAUCGUCAUAGUUGUUAUAAUUUUUUCCCAGAGCGAAACCAUCGUCAUAGUUGUUAUAACUUUUUCCCAGAGCAAAACCAUCGUCAUAGUUGUUAUAACUUUUUUCCAGAGCGAAACCAUCAUCAUAAUUAUAACGUUUUUCCAGAGCGAAACCAUCGUCAUAGUUGUUAUAACUUUUUCCCAGAGCGAAACCACCGUCAUAGUUGUUAUAAUUUUUUCCCAGAGCGAAACCAUCGUCAUAGUUGUUAUAAUUUUUUCCCAGAGCGAAACCAUCGUCAUAGUUGUUAUAACUUUUUCCCAGAGCAAAACCAUCGUCAUAGUUGUUAUAACUUUUUUCCAGAGCGAAACCAUCAUCAUAAUUAUAACGUUUUUCCAGAGCGAAACCAUCGUCAUAGUUGUUAUAACUUUUUCCCAGAGCGAAACCACCGUCAUAGUUGUUAUAAUUUUUUCCCAGAGCGAAACCAUCGUCAUAGUUGUUAUAAUUUUUUCCCAGAGCGAAACCAUCGUCAUAGUUGUUAUAACUUUUUCCCAGAGCAAAACCAUCGUCAUAGUUGUUAUAACUUUUUUCCAGAGCGAAACCAUCAUCAUAAUUAUAACGUUUUUCCAGAGCGAAACCAUCGUCAUAGUUGUUAUAACUUUUUCCCAGAGCGAAACCACCGUCAUAGUUGUUAUAAUUUUUUCCCAGAGCGAAACCAUCGUCAUAGUUGUUAUAAUUUUUUCCCAGAGCGAAACCAUCGUCAUAGUUGUUAUAACUUUUUCCCAGAGCAAAACCAUCGUCAUAGUUGUUAUAACUUUUUUCCAGAGCGAAACCAUCAUCAUAAUUAUAACGUUUUUCCAGAGCGAAACCAUCGUCAUAGUUGUUAUAACUUUUUCCCAGAGCGAAACCACCGUCAUAGUUGUUAUAAUUUUUUCCCAGAGCGAAACCAUCGUCAUAGUUGUUAUAAUUUUUUCCCAGAGCGAAACCAUCGUCAUAGUUGUUAUAACUUUUUCCCAGAGCAAAACCAUCGUCAUAGUUGUUAUAACUUUUUUCCAGAGCGAAACCAUCAUCAUAAUUAUAACGUUUUUCCAGAGCGAAACCAUCGUCAUAGUUGUUAUAACUUUUUCCCAGAGCGAAACCACCGUCAUAGUUGUUAUAAUUUUUUCCCAGAGCGAAACCAUCGUCAUAGUUGUUAUAAUUUUUUCCCAGAGCGAAACCAUCGUCAUUUUUCCCAGAGCGAAACCAUCAUCAUAGUUGUUAUGAUUUUUUCCCAGAGCGAAACCAUCGUCAUAGUUGUUAUAAUUUUUUUCCAGAGCGAAACCAUCGUCAUGGUUGUUAUAAUUUUUUUCCAGAGCGAAACCAUCGUCAUAAUCGUCGUAAUUUUUUCCCAGAAAUCACACGUUUCAGUCUUUAAAGCUGAACCCCAAAUUCCUGUCUUUAUGUGGCGUGCCAAGCCCAGAUCCUUCACCCGCCGAGUCUUAUUUGGACAACGGGGAUGUCCAGAACCAAACUGGAAAAAAAUUUAUGCCCUUAGCUCAUGGGCAGGGAGAAAGCUAUUGUCUAAUCAAACCAAUGUCAAUAUUUCUUUGAGCACAUUAAAGGGCGUGAACAAA